CUCUACUCGUUUCAUUUAACGAUGUUAGAUUAGGUUCAGAUAGAUAGAGAGAGUGAGUGAGUCUCUUAUAGAGAGAGAGAGAGAGAGAGAGAGAGAGAGAGAGAGCUCUUUUUGUUUUUGGUUAUCUUUUGGAGGUUUAUCUCUUUCUUUUUGUAGGUACUGAGGAAGAGGAAGAUUCUGUGUGUGGGCUUCACUUAGCCGAAGAGCGUACAAUUCAGGCAAGGUCUUGAAGUCGGAGUGUAUAAGAUUACUUAGGAGUUGCUGUUUCGACUGAAGAAAUGGAGGUAUAUGGCAAAUCUAUGGUUGCAGGUCCUGCAAAUGUUAUUUAUCUGUCAAGUAUAUUGGGCCAAGAGGGUCCAAUUACUGUUCACAAAUGCGACUGGAAAUGUGAAAAUGAACAUGUUUGUGGAAACAUGUAUCGCUGCAAGCUAACAGGGCUCACUCACAUCUGUGAUAAAAACUGUAACCAGAGAAUUCUGUAUGACAACCAUAGCUCCCUUUGUCGAGCUAGUGGUCAAAUUUUCCCUCUUACGCCAGCAGAGGAGCAAGCGGUGAGAGGUGUUCGAAGAAAGCUUGAUGCAGAGAAUUCUCCUUCUGAUAGCUGUGGUUUUAAGCGUAGACGGGAUGCCAAAUUACAUCCUUCUCCUUUUGAGAAAUCUUUCUCUGCUGUCAGUCCUAUCUGCAGCCAAGUUGGAGAUGGCAUGGAUAUGAGCUAGAUAUAUGUUAUAUAACUGAAAAGACUUAUCAUUUCUCUUGUCCUUUUGAUUUUAUUUCUUUUCCCUUUUUCUAUCAGAUGAGUAUGAAUAACAGAACUUGAACGAUUAUGGAUUACUUAGUGGUGGACAAGCUGUAUGUCCAUCUAUUGUAGGGGAACUCCUUAUAUUUCUAGUAUUAAUGGAAUGUAGUGCUUAAAGUAACUUGACUGUUGAAUGGGGAUUUGAGCAGGCUCUAUUUAGUAUUCAGAUGUAUAUGAAAUCUGAAUUGACUUCAGUUUCUUGCUAACCCUAAUGAGAAGCAGACUAUUGUAGCUGGCUGCAGGAUGCAUUCCUUCAACUAUUAUGAUGCUUGAAUUUGAUUUAGGACCUGAAUGGUGUACUAUGUAUCAACAUUGUACUUAACUAUAAACCUUCUGUAGCUGGCUGUUAAGUUUCUCGUGUAUCUGUAAUCACAGGACAGUGCUAUUCCAGUAUUAGUGUACUCGAUACUAAUACUAGUACUAUUGAGUUGUAUUAUUUUACUUCUUUUGUUUCUCUUAAUUCCAUUAGAACAGCACUCAAUUAUCAAACUUGUCCCUUGGGCAAAUUUUCAGUUUUGCUCAGGGUUUUGUAGGUUUCCUUGACCUUACGUAGGCUCAGGUUCUCUCCAGUUCCUCAUAUGAACAGAUUUGUUGUAUAUCUGAAAACUAAUUUUAGUUUUGCUGCCUAACUCUUCCUAGUUCUGUUGCAGACUCAACGAAGAUGAUAUAUUUCACAUUUUCUUCAAUCUCAUUUUUCUAUUAUCGUUUCUUUCCAUUAUUUGAUUGAUGGCUGCUUGUCUGAGUUUGAUGUCGC